AUGAGCUUUCAAAAUAUCAGCUCACUUAUUGAACCUUCUUUUUGGUACGAGCUCAAUAAGGUAAAACUGAAUGAUAAGAUGCUUGACGAAACUCCUUUUGAUAUUAUAUCUUAUUUUCAAGCAGGAAGAAGUGCUGGAGUCAAAGCAUUUGCAUUCAUUAAUGAAGAUUCAUUCAAACCAAAGAAAGAAGUACACGACGUACACUUCUUGAACGUACUUGGCACAUUUCCAAUUACUUUUUACCUUACAAAUACUAAGCCUUCAUUCAAGAAACUUGAUAGAAACGGAAUUAUGGCUUCUCUCAAAGCCGAAAUGAUCAACAAUAUCAAUUCAGGCGAAUGGAUUAACAAUCCUUCAAUUCUUCUUAAAUCUGCAUUAACAGUUUUUGGAGAUCUCAAGCAUUGGCAGUAUACAUACUGUUUUGCUUUUCCAAAUCCGAAAUUAGAUAAUAUCAAGAUCGUUAGCAAAGAAGUUACUCCAGAAAUUGAAUAUCUUUCUCAACAAACAAAUUAUUCCAACUGGAUUUACGUUUUGGGCCCAGAAAACUCAUUACUUCCUCUUACAGAAGCCAAAUCCGACUCAACAUUUGUAUUAAUCGAUCCAUCUACAAAUCAAGAUCUUGGAUGGCCAGCAAAGAUCUUAUCUCUUGCAAUUGCUCGUAAAUUCAAUACAAAAACAAUUAAGAUCGCUCGUUUAAGCUACGAUUCUGCAUUAUUCACUGUCAAUGUCGAAGAUUUUAAUUUGAAUGAUGCUCCAUUUACAGGUUGGAACUUAACUCCUAAGAAGACAGCUCAUUUCGUUGAUCUAUCAGCUACAAUGGAUCCAAUGCAGCUCUUUACGGCUGCAACAUCGUUGAAUUUAAGAUUAAUGAAAUGGAGGUUAUGUCCUCAACUCGAUGUACAAAAACUACAAGCUCAGAAGUGUUUGUUAAUUGGUUGUGGCACACUUGGAUGCAAUGUCGCUCGUUAUUUACUCGGUUGGGGCGUCAGAAAAUUUGUUUUGAUUGAUUACGGAAAAGUUUCAUUUUCAAAUCCACCAAGACAAAGUCUUUUCACAUUUGCCGACUGCAUUGAUGGUGGCAGAAGCAAAUGUGAAGCUGCUGCUAAAGAACUCAAGCGUAUUUGCCCAGAUGUCGAAGCAGAAUACUACGAAAUGCCGAUUCCAAUGCCAGGACAUCCAUUAGGCAAAAACGAGUACGAAAAGACACGAAAAAACGUCGAAUUACUUGAUAAACUCAUCAAGGAAUGCGACUGCACAUGGCUACUCACCGAUACAAGAGAAAGCAGAUGGUUGCCAACACUUCUUGCCACAGCAAAUGAAAAACUUUGCAUUUCAGUCGCAUUAGGAUUUGACACUUUUUCAGUUGUUCGCUGCGGAUGCCAUGGAUUAGGCUGUUAUUUCUGCAACGACGUCAUUGCACCAACAGACACAAUGACCGACAGAACACUCGAUAUGCAAUGCACCGUUACAAGGCCCGGAAUUGCUCCAAUGGCUUCUUCUUAUGGUGUUGAAUUAUGGGCAUCAAUUGUUCAGACAAAAGAAGGAGUAAAUGCUGAAGCUGACGCUGAUUCAGUUCUUGGAACAGUUCCUCACCAGCUCAGAUGCUUCUUGCACUCAUGGCAGUUGCUUCCAAUGGCUGGAAAGCCUUUCAAGAAUUGCGUUGCUUGCUCUGAACCAAUUAUCAAAAAGUGGAAGGAAGAAGGAUGGAAUUUCAUCCUCAGAGCAUUAACAGAAGUCGGAUACUUGGAAGAAGUGUCUGGAAUUAACGCAAUGAAAGCUGAAAUGGCUGAUGUUGAUUGCGAAUGGGAAGAAAUUGAUGAAGAUCAGUAA